UUUUUUUUUUGUCUGUGUGUGUGGUUUUUUUUUCCUCUCUCGAUUCGCUGGCAGUCGCCGCUGCCUGGGUUCACGCUCCUCCCAGCCCUGACCCCCACGUGGGGCCGCCGGAGAUCCGAGCUCCGCCCUUUCCUACCUCCAGCCAAUCUCAGCGCAGGCUACUCGGCUCUUUGUGCCUCCACCAAUGGAUGGGCGGUGCAUGCCUCCCCUGGCCACGCCCUCUCCCGGGCGGUCUUAUAAGCGGCUUGCAGCGCCGGCGCGCUCACUCCGCGUCAACCCGGGAUCCGUGUCACCUCCGUCUUCUUGGAUUAAUUUCGAGGGGGAUUUUUUUGCAAUCUUCUUUUUAAUCCUGCUUUUUUCUUGGGAAAGUAAGUCCCACCGCCUCCGGAAAGCCUCGGACACUUCUGGUCGCGCGGGAAGGUUUUUACCUCUUGGGUUCGGAUCUGGACGAGUGCUUUGCCUUGGGGAUCUUCCGUGGGGGUCCGCUGUGAAGUGUGACUGAAUCAUGACCCUGGAAGAGCUGGUGGCGAGCGACAACGCGGUUCAGAAGAUGCAGGCGGUGACUGCGGCGGUGGAGCAGCUGCUGGUGGCCGCGCAGCGUCAGGAUCGCCUCACCGUGGGGGUGUACGAGGCGGCCAAACUGAUGAAUGUGGACCCCGACAGCGUGGUCUUGUGCCUGCUGGCCAUAGACGAAGAAGAGGAGGAUGAUAUUGCUCUGCAAAUUCACUUCACCCUGAUCCAAUCGUUCUGCUGCGACAAUGACAUUGACAUCGUCAGGGUAUCAGGCAUGCAAAGGCUGGCGCAGCUCCUGGGUGAGCCGGCAGAGACUCUAGGCACAAACGAGGCCCGAGACCUGCACUGCCUCCUGGUCACGGUGAGUGACCCACCCCGCCCUGAUCACCUGGGUCCCGUGUUUGUCAACAUAGCUGGGCUGGCUGCUCCAACACCAGCUCACUGCCCAGCCAUGCUCGGCAUGUCCCGUGGGCUGCCUCGUCACCCUGGCAGCUAUUUUGAGCUAGCCUGUUUUUCUCUAAUAGGGCUUCUGGAGCUGAACAGAGGCUCCCUACCGAACUCCUAGAGCUCCCACUAAACCCUUUCUUUUUCUCCCUCCAACAGAACUGUCAUACAGAUUCCUGGAAAAGCCAAGGCUUGGUGGAGGUGGCCAGUUACUGUGAAGAGAGCAGAGGCAAUAACCAGUGGGUCCCCUAUAUCUCUCUGGAGGAACGCUGAGGCCCACUCUAAACACCUAAAGCAACUGUUGAGUUGCUGUCCCCUAAAAAAAUUAAAUAAAAUACAUAUUUGACAGCG